AUGGCCUAGGUGAAACCUCAUGGCCAACAUCACCGGGAUGGCCAACCACACUGGAGGGUCGGAUUUCAUCCUGAUGGGACUCUUCAGACAAUCCAAACAUCCAGCUCUACUUUGUGUGGUCAUUUUUGUGGUUUUCCUGAUGGCGUUGUCUGGAAAUGCUGUCCUGAUCCUUCUGAUACACUCUGACGCCCACCUCCACACCCCCAUGUACUUGUUCAUCAGUCAGUUGUCUCUCAUGGACAUGGUGUACAUUUCUGUCACUGCACCCAAGAUGCUCCUGGACCAGGUCAUGGGUGUGAAUAAGAUCUCAGCCCCUGAGUGUGGGAUGCAGAUGUUCCUCUAUCUGACACUAGUAGGUUCGGAAUUUUUCCUUCUAGCCGCCAUGGCCUAUGACCGCUACGUGGCCAUCUGCCAUCCUCUCCGUUACCCUGUCCUCAUGAACCAUAGGGUGUGUCUCUUCCUGGCAUCGGGCUGCUGGUUCCUGGGCUCAGUGGAUGGCUUCAUGCUCACUCCCGUCACCAUGAGCUUCCCCUUCUGCAGAUCCCGGGAGAUUCAUCAUUUCUUCUGUGAAGUUCCUGCUGUAACGAUCCUGUCCUGCUCGGACACCUCACUCUAUGAGACCCUCAUGUACCUCUGCUGUGUCCUUAUGCUCCUCAUCCCUGUGACGGUCAUUUCAAGCUCCUAUUUACUCAUCCUCCUCACCAUCCACAGGAUGAACUCAGCAGAGGGGCGGAAAAAGGCCUUUGCCACCUGCUCCUCCCACCUGACUGUGGUCAUCCUCUUCUAUGGGGCUGCCGUUUACACCUACAUGCUCCCCAGCUCCUACCACACCCCUGAGAAGGACAUGAUGGUAUCUGUCUUCUAUACCAUCCUCACUCCAGUGCUGAACCCUUUAAUCUAUAGUCUUAGGAAUAAGGAUGUCAUGGGGGCUCUGAAGAAAAUGUUAACUGUGAGAUUCGUCCCUUAGGAAAUUAUAAAGUAGGAAAUUUGGAUAUAAAGAUUUAUUUUCCUUUUCUCUACCCAUCAAAUACUUAGGAUUUUAUCCCUAUGUUAUUCCUUAGGCUCUAAUACAAUGAUGUCUCAUCUCAUAUUCACCUCAUUUUGAGGAAUUCUUUCACUGUGUGGAAACUAUUUCACAGUCUUUGUCCAUCCAAAAUUAUACAAUUGUACUAAUGUAACAUUUUUGGAAGUUGAUAACUGCUCUCUAAUUUUGUGAAAAAGUAUUCUUAACCUUAGGUAAUACUUAAUAUUUAGAGACAAAAAGGUCAUGAGGUGUUCAAAUGAUGAGAGGGAAAGAGGGAGGGAGAGAGAAGAGGGGCAAUGAAACUGAGUACAAUGUUGCUGCCACAGGUGAGUAUGGGUAAAGGGUAUAUAGGUAUUAAUUGUACUAUUCUUUUUUAAUGAUACUUUUUUGUGAAGUUGAAAUCAUUUACAAAUAAUUAAAUACCAGGCUUUUCUCCCUUUUUGAAAAUAUUCUCCUUUCUGCGUGGUGACAGUGUGACAUCUUAGAAAUCAUGCUCAUUUCAUUAUGACUAAUCAUUACCGAGAAAAUCCAGUCAUCGCCCCUUGUUUAUUGAGGGCUACCUUUUUCUGCAUGGUCCAAUUCUGAUGACAUCUAGUGGAUUUACCUCUCUGAAAUAAUUACUGCCAUGUGGUGUAUUGAGGAUGUAGGACCACAUAAGGGACUGCAGAAAAAAUAUUACACCUUAGUGGAAGGAGUUUUGGGGAAGGUUACCUGCCCAGGGUGAUUCCUGAGCUGAGAUUUCAAACAUGUAACUUGUUAUACAAACAAGCAGAGGGAUGGCAUCAACAUUCAAUCCUUCAUUUAUUCAACAAGCAUUUUGUACUAGUUUAUGAUUAAAAAUAGUUAAAUAAGAUUAAAUUUUGAAUAGCACAUGGCUACUUUUACUAAGGAGUGAGUUUGAAAAAUACAUGUAGUUGUUUAUGCAAAUGUAAGAAAAUAAGCUGUUUUGAUACAUGUGAAGGAUACAGCUCAUUGAGGACACACUAAUUCUAUCUGUGACAUCUGAGUUUAAGGAGCUGAGAGGAGACUCUGGGGCUCAGUGCUGAAUAGUGACUAGAAGUUACCCUCAGAUGAGUGUGUGAUAGUGGAGCCAUAGGAACAUGCUCAGAGACAUGCUGCAAGGGAAAAAGCACAGCAUGAGCAAAGACAGGGCUGAGCAAGCAAGAGAGAUCAAUGUCCAGUAGACCCUUCUUUCUUAUUUCAUCUUAGGCUUAUUUCUUGCCAUUGUGUGGCCCAGAGUUUUACAAACAAUAGUGAAAUGAUCAGAUUCGUAUUUUAGAAAUGUUAUUUGUGGGGUAAUCAAUUGGAGAUGUGCAAGACCAAAAACAGAGACCAGGUAAAUGAGAAUGGUGAUCUAAAUGAUGUUGAUCUAAGUGGAGUCGACCAUGCCUUUACCCCAGAAUCGGCUGAUAGGAGGACACUUGAGGUGGGGGGUCUGCUGAACCUGUUACAUAAAAGCACAAAUGUGGUAGCUGCAUGCCUAUAAUUUCCUAACUGGCUAUGUCC